AUGGCGGCACAUGUGUUGCCAUCGCUGGAUCGGAUUACUGCGUCAUCGCAGCUGAUACUCGGAUGUCCACCGGUUACAGUAUUCUUAGUCGCGAUUACUCAAAAAUCCAUAAACUACAAGGCCGUCCUGUCUUCCUCGGGCUUCCAGGCUGAUGUUAAAGCUCUGCAGAAGGUGCUCGCUUCCAGGCACAUGGUUUAUCAGCAUCAGCAUAACAAGCAAAUGAGCUGUCCUGCAAUGGCACAGCUUCUCUCCAACACGCUUUACUUCAAGCGGUUUUUCCCUUACUAUGCCUUUAAUGUUCUAGGAGGGCUUGACGCCGAAGGCAAAGGAUGUGUCUUCACUUACGACGCUGUUGGAUCGUAUGAGAAGGUUGGAUACAGUGCUCAAGGCUCUGGCUCCACUCUCAUAAUGCCAUUCCUUGACAACCAGCUCAAGAGUCCGAGCCCGCUUCUGUUACCUGCACAGGAUUCUAUCACACCCCUUUCCGAGCAUGAGGCAGUUGACUUGGUCAAGACUGUUUUCGCAUCUGCCACUGAGAGAGACAUAUACACUGGAGACAAGCUCGAGAUUAUGAUUCUCAAGGCCGAUGGCAUCAAGACCGAAGUCAUGGAAUUGAGGAAAGACUAG